AAACAUCUCUUCUUGUUCUUCUUUUUUUGUCUCUUUCUCUCUCUUUCAUAUUGGUUCUUGAGAGGCAUAUCAGUGAAUAUCAUUAAAAAAGAAGAGGCCAAUCUAGGAAAAAUGGGACUAUAUUCACUGAUCACAGGGAGAAGGGGACCAAGUGGGUUUGGUUCAGCUUCAACAGCUGAAGAGGUUACUCAAGGGAUUGAUGCAACUCAUCUCACUGCAAUCAUCACAGGAGGGACAGGAGGGAUAGGGAUGGAGACAGCGAGGGUGAUGGCGAAGAGAGGAGCUCAUGUGGUGAUCGGUGCCCGAAACAUUGGAGCUUCAGAAAACGCCAAAACUGAGAUCCUCAGACAAAACCCAAACGCACGUGUCACCCUGCUCCACUUAGAUCUCUCUUCUUUCAAAUCCAUCAAAGCCUUCGUUCGUGACUUUCAUGCCCUCCACCUUCCUCUCAAUCUCCUCAUAAACAACGCAGGAGUAAUGUUCUGUCCAUACCAACUCUCUGAAGAUGGAAUCGAAUUGCAGUUUGCUACAAAUCACAUUGGUCAUUUUCUGUUGACAAACUUGCUCCUAGAUACAAUGAAGAGCACAGCUAAAACUAGUGGCGUUGAAGGAAGAAUUUUGAAUCUAUCAUCUAUAGCUCAUAUCUAUACUUACCCAGAGGGAAUCCAAUUCGACAGCAUCAAUGACAUAUGCAGUUACUCGGAUAAAAGAGCUUAUGGACAAUCGAAACUAGCCAAUAUAUUGCACGCGAAUGAGCUCUCCCGUCAACUUCAGGAAGAGGGAGUGAACAUAACAGUGAAUUCAGUUCACCCAGGUCUCAUCCUCACCAAUCUCUUCCAACACACUGCUGUUUUAAUGAGGUUCUUGAAGUUCUUCAGCUUCUACUUGUGGAAAAAUAUACCUCAGGGAGCAGCUACAACAUGUUAUGUUGCUCUGCAACCAAGUCUGAAGGGAGUGACAGGAAAGUACUUUGCAGAUUGCAAUGAAGUCACUCCAAGCAAACUUGCACGAGAUGAGACUCUCGCAGAAAAACUCUGGGAUUUCAGCGUUAAGCUCAUCAAAUCGGUUUCUAAACAGAACUACCUGGGUUUCGAGGACACCAACUAAGAUUUUCUUGUUGUUACUCUAAAGAGAUGAAAAAAGCAAAGAAUGUGUGAGAUUACCUUGUUUCCAAGUCAUUUUAUCGAGUGAAUAUGUAACCGUGUUUAUCUUCUUAUAGUAUUGAACAACAACAAAAAAAUUGGUUGUUCAUCACUUGAUUAUUCCAUGAUGACCACCA